AUGAGUUCUAGUGAUGAGUAUAUAUCUUAUGGAGAUGAUCCUUUACAAGAAAUAAGAGUAUUUAAUUAUCAUAAAGAUAAUCUUAGAACUCUUAUUGUUGUUCAUGGAGGUGGAUGGAGAGAUCCUAGAAAUACCUAUAAUGAUUUCGACGAAUUAGCUUUAUUUCUUGGUAGUAAGAAAGUUAAUGUAAUUGGUAUUAAUUAUAGAUUAUCACCUAAAGUGAAGCAUCCUGUACAUUUAAUAGAUGUAUUACUGGCAUUAGUUUAUAUAUCAAAGAAAUAUAAUGUUAAAGAAAUACUGUUGGCUGGUCACUCAGUUGGUGCAACCUUACUUUUACAAUUAAUAGAUUAUAAAAGAAUUAUAGAGUUAGGUUAUGAGAGUUUACAACUUGCAGGUGUAACAGAAUCAGCCUUACCUGAUAAGAAAGAUUUACAAAAGUUGUAUGAAGAAUAUGAAACUAAUGUUAAAGUACAAUUACUAUACUUUAUUGAUGGGAUAUUCAAUAUAGUAGAACUUCUUAAAGAAUAUCCAUCGUAUGACUUUGUGCAUGAUGCAUUUGUAUCUACCAAUGCAUAUACUGAAGCUACACAAUUAUCAUGGACUAAAGGAGAUUCAGUCCAUGAUCAUGACCAUGACCAUGACCACGACCACGACUAUAACGCAAAGUCAUACUCAGCUUUUGUUUGUCACUCGUCCCAGGAUGAAUUACUUUCCAUCAACCAAACUCAAUUACUUAUUAAUUAUCUUCAUACUGCAGGUAUUCCACAUGCAUUUACAUUCGCUCCUUUAGGUAAACAUGAAGAAGUAUAUAGACAUCCAAAUGUUGGAAUAUCUAUCUUACAACAAUUAGAUUUAGAUGUCUAA